AUAAUUCGCCUUUUGGGCCAAGGAACAUUUGGCAAGGUGGUCGAAUGUUAUGAUAGAGUACGUCAAACAUUCUGUGCCAUAAAGAUCAUUAGGGCCAUUCAAAAAUAUAAAGAUGCCAGUAAAAUCGAGAUCCGGGUACUCAACACACUCAAGAAAAGCGACCCAUUGAACCUAAACCAAUGCAUUCAUUCAACAGACUGGUUUGAACACAGAGGUCAUGUCUGUAUGGUGUUUGAACUCUUGGGCCAGUCUGUAUUUGACUUUCUUAAAUCAAAUGAUUUUAAGCCCUUUCCUUCCUACCACAUCCAGCAAUUUGCAAAGCAAUUACUAAACAGCAUAUUCUUCGUUCAUAGUCUCAAGCUAAUACACACAGACUUGAAACCUGAGAAUAUUCUGCUAGUAAACCAGCCCAGCACAGGUUUAUCAGCCUAUGAAAAGGUAAAUUAUUAUUUAAUUCGACUACACUUAUUAUCAUUAAAUCAAAGCACACACUCUAUCCUACAAGACACAGAGAUUCGGCUGAUUGAUUUUGGGUCUGCUACAUUCGAAAAUGAUUAUCACGCCAGUAUUAUCUCUACAAGACACUACAGAGCACCAGAAGUUAUACUAGGCAAGUGUUUGGGCUGGUCCUAUCCUUGUGAUAUGUGGUCUAUUGGCUGUAUUCUUGUCGAAUUCUUUACAGGUGAAGCUCUUUUCCAAACUCAUGACAAUCUUGAGCAUCUGUCAAUGAUGCAAGUUGUACUGGGGCCUAUUCCACAUCCGUUGAUAAGAGCAGCAAGUAAAGACGCAAAGGAAUUCUUUGUUAAUGAUCGCCUGGGUGUACCUAUUGUAACCACACAACAAAGUCGAAAAUAUAUACAAAGGCUGAAGCAUUUAAGGGCUAUCAUUUCCCCAUCAACCCAACUGAAUAUGCAUUUCCUUGAUCUCUUGGAGAAAAUGCUGGUCUAUGAUCCCAAACACAGGAUCACUGCUCGAGAUGCCCUUUGUCACCCUUUCUUU